AUUUAUUUGACAUUAGUUGUUAGUUGAUGAACGAAAAUACAACGCGCGCCCGGAAAUCUGCACUUACCAGUUGUUUUACUUAGCAUUCGUUGAACUGAGCGAUCUUUAGAAAAUUGACAUAGCUAAGAAUUCUGAAAGUAACUUCAGUUUGUAAAUUAGAUUGCCAUGGCAGGAAGAGGUAGAGGACGUGGGGGAAGCAACCUAUCUUUAACACAUGAUCAACUGCAAGCACUCGGCAUAGCAAGAGGCGAGAACACUCCACAAACUGUAGUACCUCCUCCACUAUUUCCAAAACUUGAAGCAAAACCACUUCCAUUAACUUACGACGCCGCUACUGACUACAUGUUAAUUGUGAAAGAUCAGUUUAUUGAAUACUUACACGAGUCCCCGGCCUACGUUAAAAAACCAGCCCAGACGGAUGGCGUUGAGCGAUAUUCAGAUAAAUACAAAAUGCUUGCUCUUAAUGCCAAGAAAGACAAAGUAUUAGAUUGUGUUUGGGCUAACAUGCCAACAGAACUGAGGCCACAGGCGAAAAAAUUGCGUGCAUCGGCCGCGGCGGGACCUAAACGAAAAUUAGACGAUGCCGCAGCUAUAGCGAAAAGAUUACAAACAUUAGAAAAGAAAGAAAUUCAAGAAGGCGAUGAAGCUAUGGAUGCUACUGAAAAUGAAGAGGCUGUUAAUAACAAAGAAGUAAAUGAUGACGAGGAGGUUGAAGAUGAACAUGAAGAAGAAUUUGAAAUUGAUGAUGGAACAGACUAUGCUAAUAACUACUUUGACAAUGGUGAGGACUAUGAUGAGGAAGAUGAUAAUCUUGAUGAUGGGCCUGUGUACUGAGCAGGUAGGUGGCUUUGACGUAAACCUACUUCAAAGCCUUUUCUUAUUCAGGACAGCU